AUGCCCAGGCAGAAGCCUCGUAGGAAGAGAGGAAGGAAACGAAAAGAAGAACAAAGCAGCAAAAGCGGCCCUACCACCGGCAGCAGCAAACGCAUCAGCAGCAGCAGCAGCUUCUGCAGCGGCACAACCAGCUACAGCAGCUCUUGCAGCAGCAAGAGGAGCAGCAGCUUCUGCAGCAGAAAACGCAGCCGCCGCAGCAGCAGCAGCAGCUCCUGCAGCCCCAAGAGCAGCCGCAGCAGCACCAGCUCCCGCGUGUAUCAGAAGAGGUUUGAUAUAGGGGCCUGCAGCCGCUGUUCUCCAUGA